AGAUAUCCAGGCCUUUUUAGAAUUGCUUAUUAAGAAUAGAGUCACAAAAUUUAAAAUGGCAGUUGCUCAGUUACACAACAUACUAUAUCCGCCAUAUAGUAUUACCUUUGCAGGCCUGCUACAAGCUGCAAGGGAGUGUUCGAAGUGCAAAAUCAACCAAAAGUUUGAUGUUUUUCCCACAAAUUUAGAUGUGAAUCGAAACAAGCCACUCCAGAAACAGCCCCAGACCUAGAGCGUCUGUACAUAUGUUGCGUGAAAGCCCCCAACCGCGCCGGAAGAGUUUGAUAGGACCCACAUACAAGGUGACCAUUAUUAUGCUCGUCGUCGGGCAGAUUCAGGUCUCAGUGGCCAUGGAGAUCAAGCCCCUAAAGGACUUCCUGGCGGAACGCUACUACCUCAGCCUGGUCCAGUUCCUCAUCAGCUUCCUGUCCAUCCAGCUCUACGGUUUCUUCUACCACCUCAUCGUGAAGAAGCCCAUGUGGGUGCGGGUUUUGGCGGGCCUCUGGACGUACGAGGUGAACACCAUGUCGAUCAUGAAGCCCGCCAAACGAGCCCCGUACCUAAGCCUCAUCCUGUCAAUCUUCCUCACCUUCCUCAUGAUGGUCAUCAGUGUGAUAUACGGCAACAAGGCCGUCAAACACCAAAGAGGCCUCUUCACCAGCCGGAACAAGGUGAUCCUGUGGAGCGAGAGGAUAUUCGUGCUCACCUGCUUCGGCAUCAUAGUGUGCGCCGAGAUGAAGCGCGUUGCCAUAGAGUUUCCUACCCUGCUUCUAUACACCAUGAUCUCGAACGUGUUCGUCAUCAUCUUCGCCGCCUCGCUGCGAAAGCCCCAUUUCUAUCACCACGACUCGCACGGGGACUAUAUACUGAUCGGUCAGCUGUACUACCUCAACUUCUUCGCCCUGUACAUGAGCUACGUGUGGACGACGGCGUCCUUUCUGGAGCUGAUGGAAUGGGACGCGAACGUUGAGGGCAUAUUCAAGCACCUGUUCUAUCGGCAAGAAACCGAAUGAGCGGGACGCAGGCGCGGACUAUCGGAACAGCUGGGACGGACUGUUUACGCGGAACGAGCCUUCCACCUCUCAGUUGCUCGGUGUCUCGAUGUGUCGAUGGGACAAGUUUGUCUGGGUGGCGCGACUUCAGUCGUCUUGAUUCGAUUCGGAUUGCCGGAAAAUCGAUAUUCGCAAUUUAACCAUCGUCGCUGAAUGUAAAUAAAUGGCUUUGUCUGUGAAA